UUUCAGACAAGCUUGGGUGGUGUUUUUAAGCCUAGAGCUUCACUUCACUGCGUCCUCCACUCUGUCAUCGGGAUCGGCGUGUGCAUGCGUGUUUUUUUGUGUGUAUUCGCUCUAGAGUAGCCGCACGCGGACGUACUCUACGCCAGAGGUUUCGCACGCGCGCACAAACACACACGGUGACACGGGCUCAGUUCGGUUCGGUGCGUUUGUUCUGCUUCAUCUCGGCCACACCAAAUCGCGUGACGGCAUGUCGGUGUACGCCAACGUGUCACUGCUAGGUCCCGCUGGAUGCUAGCGCGUUCGGUGCCAGUACGCUCCAGCGGCUGUCGGUUUGUGCAAGUGCAAGGCGGGCUGGUAAAGCUGUUCGCUGAUCGUGUGUUCCAUUUGGGCGUUAAAUCAAUCUCUGCAAUCAAUAAUUUCCACUGGCAAGCAAAAAAAAAAAAGAAGGGUCCGAGGCCCGACGACAGCAGGAAAGACGCGUCAAACCGACCAACAGCAUCAGCGAGGGCGUUGUCAUUGCGGCAUUCGCGUCACACGUGUAAAGUUCCACACUCUACGCCAUGUCGCGUUAUUCAAGAGACGAUCCGCGGUCAAUUUUCUUCAGCGGCAGCAGCUCGACCCCGCUGCGCAGUUACGCCGGCUCGGACCUGCUCAAGCGCACCACGGCCAGCUCGCCAAACCCAUCGACCAGUCCCACGCCUUCCACCUCCUCCGCCACUCCUCCAGGCGGGGAGCCCAGCGGCAAGCCCGAGCCCGUCGUUCGCAUCAUCCCGAUCCUGUACCCGGCCCAACCGGCACGGCUGAUCGGAGGCACCAGCAGCUACGGAAACGCUGCCCGGCCCAGCCCACCGGAUGGCCCAGACGGUGAAGCGGACGCACCAGUGAAGGGCAGCAACGCGCCGACACCGUCACAACCAGCAGCAGCAGCAGCAGCACCGGCCGUUCCCACCGCCACAACCGGUAUACUGAAAUCGCCUGUCGCGGGCCAGGCACCGUCCGGUGGCACCGGGACACCGUCGCGUGUCUCCUUUUCAGCUCGACCGAUCACCAGCAGCAAGCCAACGAUGGCCGGUCCGAGCGGCACUGGGAACGCGAGCGGCACCGGAAAUGGCGUCCACGGCCGCACACUGCCGCUGGCCAAGACGUCCCGAUCGGGCGUGGUGGAGCCGCCGCUUGCCGCGCCGCCCGUCACCGAGCCGACGGCGAGCGGCCCGCUGCACCAGGCGGAACCGACGGCUGGAGCGGGCGGGCCGGCCUGUCGCAUGCAGCUCGCGCUGUACGGCUGGCGCAAGAAGUGUCUGUACGCGCUCAUCUUCGUCCUGAUGGUGAUGAUCAUCGUGAACCUGGCGCUGACGCUGUGGAUCAUGAAGGUGAUGGAGUUUUCCUCGAAUGGUAUGGGCCAGCUGAAGAUUGUGCCCGGUGGCAUUCAACUCACAGGACAGGCGCUGGUGCUGAACACGCUGCGGGCAUCUUCGAUCCGCUCGAAACACGGACAACCCAUCUCCGUCGAAUCAUCGCGCAACCUGAGCAUCAACACGCGGAACGCGUACGGUGCGGUCGAGAACCAGCUGUUUCUUGGCCACGACCGGCUCGAGGUGCUGGCGAACCACUUUCGCAUCACGGACACGCACGGCACCAACCUGUUCGCGGUCGACCGGGACGAGGUGAUCGUGGGGGCCGGCUCGCUGCGGGUCGAGGGUGAAGGUGGCGUCGCGUUCCGGGACUCCAUCCAGACGCCGCUGGUCCGUGCGGAUGCCGGCAAGGAUUUAAAGCUAGAGUCACCGACGCGAUCACUGGAAGCGCGGGCCACGCAGGAAAUAUUCAUCCAGUCGCGGGCCGGCGGCAUCGAGACGACCUGUCUCAACGAUCUGAAGCUUCACUCUGUGGCCGGCAGUAUCCGGCUCGACUCUAGCGCCAUCUACAUGCCGAACCUGAAGACGGUGCAAACGGUGGUGGGCGGCGGCAGCGGAGGUCUGCUGCCCGCCUCCGCCAGGGGCGACGGCGCGGGCAAGAUCUACCAGCUGUGCGCCUGCUCGAGCGGUAAGCUGUUCCUGGCGGCGCCCAACAGCGUCUGCACUGCCGACGAUAGCGCCAUCUGCAGGUAAUACCAGUGCCGGUGCAUGUCAUAAUCGUCACACGGGGGCGUGUUAGUAGCAGCAGCAGCAGUAGUGGCACAAAAGGAGGGGGGGAGGUAAAAACUGACAACACAAUACACACACACACACACUAACAUACUCAGUUUAGGUUUACUCGAAUGCAGAAUCACACCUUUUCGCCCCUUCCCAUCCCCGAGUUGCCUUAACAGACGAACGAAUUGACAGACACAGUUUAAAAAACAAAACACAAUAAGAUUGUUAAAGGUUCCCAGCCUGGUAGACACGCUGGCCCUGGUACAUCCUUGCAUGAGCUUACACUGGCGCUCGACGGAGAGGGAAGAGAGAGAGAGAGAGAGAGAGAUAAAGAUAAAUGAAGAGGGAAAGAGUGAUCUUCUGCAGAAGAUGUUUUUUUUAUUUGGUUUGCCAUCACCAGCUAGAAGAGGUUAAGCCGCUUCGUUCCCCUCACCAACUCUGUCCCAUCUUUCUUCCCGGGAGCCUUAUCCCUCCAACCCCCUACCCCUCCAUCACCCCUUUUGUACCCCCAUUCUCUGCUGUGCUUAAACGGUGCCACAAAGAGGUUGGCAGACGAAAAAGAUAAAAAUAAACCCCAAAAUAAAAUAAAAAAAAAGAUAAACUAAAAACAAAAAAUGUUAUACUCUAGCAACCAAUUAUGCGUACACUUAGAGGAACGAUUAUAUAUUAUAUAUACAUACCUUAGCAAUGAAAGAUAAGCGUUACAUAGAGCUAGGAGCGCCCACGGUGCGGGCCCGACGAUAUCAAUCAAUACCGUAUUAGAGUGUUUCAAAUUUUUCCGGCAGCAGAACGAGCAGGCAGCGAGGAGAAAAGGGCGAGCAAAGAAACAAAUUAAAAACAAGGGAAAUCAAAUCCGCGAGCUAGGGCAGGGUAGAAACCGAAGGUCAAGGGCGCACGAUAGAUAAGAGCAAAUUUAAAUCAAUUAUCCCCAAGAUACAAUAAUCCCCCCGAGCGCGAAGAAGGAGUUGAUCGCACCCAUCAACCCCCUCCUCUCCCCUGUGAAAACGCCAUUUUCUUUUGCUGCUCGUACAAUAUAAGAUACAUAUCACUAACUGUAGCGUGUGUGUGUGUGCGCGCGCAAAACGAGAGCAACCUAAUGACGGAGAGAGAAAGAGAGAGAGAAAAAAACGGCACAAAAAUUGAAGAACGAAACUGCUCAAACCAAACCAUAAACACACGACACGACAAAAUCACCUAUACAUUCGUACACACACACACAUACGAAAAUCCACACAGCUUACACGAUACAAAACUACAAAGAAUGAAGAAAAUAUGACGAUAUUGAUUCGACCUGAAUACUGGCUAUGCAGCGAAACAAGGCGCCAUGUUUGAGUGUGUUAAAGUUGAACAGAAAAAAAACAAACAAACAAAUAGGGUUCGAAGGGGUUACACACAACAUACCGAAACGAACAGCCGCUGAAGUGGAAAAAA